CUUUGAAGAUUUCAAAGCCUACAAAAACAGAUAGAUAGAUAGAUACCACUUGUUUUUGUCUCCUUAAAUCAACAUGAAGUAGAAAACAAGAGUUUCAUUUUUUUUUUUUUGAGAAGAUUAGAGCUCAAGUUUAUCUUCUUUUGGGGUUAUAAGAUAAGUUUGGAUUUGGUUUGUUGUUUUUGGGGUUGUGAAUUAGAGUACAGAAAUAGAAUGGAACGUUUUGAAGUGGUGAAGGAAAUUGGUUCUGGGAAUUUUGCUGUUGCUAAGCUUGUCAAAGAUAAAUGGUCUAAAGAACUUUUUGCUGUCAAGUAUAUUGAGAGAGGCCGAAAGAUUGAUGAGAAUGUGCAAAGAGAGAUUAUGAACCACAGAUCUUUACAACAUCCCAAUAUUGUUAGAUUCAAAGAGGUUCUUCUAACACCUACUCAUUUGGGUAUAGUUAUGGAGUAUGCGUCCGGCGGUGAGCUCUUUGAAAGGAUAUGUAAUGCCGGUAGAUUCAGCGAAGACGAGGCAAGAUUUUUCUUCCAACAAUUGGUAUCAGGAGUCAGCUAUUGCCAUUCUAUGCAAAUCUGCCACAGGGAUUUAAAGCUAGAAAACACACUCUUAGAUGGGAGUAUCGCACCACGUUUAAAAAUAUGUGAUUUCGGAUAUUCUAAGUCAUCGGUGUUGCAUUCUCAACCAAAAUCAACAGUAGGAACACCUGCAUAUAUUGCACCUGAGGUCUUAUCCAGAAAAGAAUACGACGGAAAGAUUGCAGAUGUUUGGUCUUGUGGGGUUACACUAUAUGUGAUGCUGGUAGGAGCUUAUCCAUUCGAAGAUCCCGACGAUCCAAGAAACUUCAGAAAGACAAUCGGGAGAAUCCUUAGUGUUCACUACUCCAUUCCUGAUUACGUUCGAGUAUCCAUGGACUGUAAGCAUCUGCUUUCCCGGAUAUUUGUAGCGAACCCUGAAAAGAGGAUAACCAUGUCAGAAAUGAAAAAUCAUCCAUGGUUCUUAAAGAACUUGCCAAUCGAGUUCACAGAAGCUGGAGAAUACCGAAACAAUGACGACAUAGGAAAUUCUUCGCAAAGCGUAGAAGACAUAUUGGCCAUAAUUCAAGAGGCACGGAAAUCUGGCGAUGGCAGCCAGCCUAAAGUUAGCAGCGGGCUCUUGAUUGGUGGUAGUAUGGAUCUUGAUGAUGAAAUGGACGCAGAUGUAGACCUAGAGGAAGAUCUCGAAUCAAGUGGUGAAUUUGUAUGUGCAAUGUGAUUUAUCAACACCAAUAAGUUGGAAUGACAAUGUUUUUCACCGGUUUAUAUGUUACAUGUAAUGGCAUAUGGUAACAACUAAACUGUUUCUCUUUGUAAUAGAUGACUUUCUUUCUGUAUCCUUUGUUCUUGUACAAAUAUUAGUAAAAAAAAAAAGUGUGAUAAUUACAUCGGUUUUUGGAAUCAAAA